AUGCCAGACCUCAAUUGUGACUUUCCUGGCUUUCUCGCCGAUGAAUCACUACAUGAAGCAUACGAACUAGAGAUAGAAUCGAAAGAAGGCAAAAGACUACGUUUUGGCGAAUUAAUUGCAGGAAAAGGCGACUCAGUCACAACAAUUGUUGUUUUCGUCCGCCACUUCUUCUGCGUCUACGACCAAUCCUACGUCCGCACACUAGCAUCCCAAAUGAUGCAAAACCUCCUAUCCACACUCCCCGAAGGCGCUAAUCCAGCCCAAGUCAUAAUUAUGGGCUGCGGCGACCACUCCCUAAUAGUUCCGUACAUGGAAGAAACCGGCGCCGAACUCCCCAUAUAUUCGGAUUCAUCGGGCGAAUUAUAUGAGAAGUUACAGAUGACAAGAACGAUGGAUGGAUUCACUACUCCACCGCUGUAUACAGAGGCUUCCUUUGUAGGGUCAUUUACGACGGCUCUUAGGCAGAUGUGGAGGCGGGGAUGGGCGGGGUUGAGGGGUGGUAAUUGGGGACAGCAGGGGGGUGAAUGGAUUUUUCGGGGUGGAAAAUUGAGGUAUGCGCAUCGGAUGGAGGGGGCGAAUGAUCAUUUAACUGCGGAGGAACUGGUGGAGAUUUUGAAAGUUGAUCAGGGAUUGGAGAAGUCGGAAGGGACGGGAGGUUCGAUGUUAUAA